AUGGGCGGUUUGUACGAAGUGUUCCAAAGACUAACCCGCACCUUGGAGGAACGCCCCUUUUGGAGGCAUGCCUUAUCGCCCUAUCAGUCUGUUCAAUAUCCGGAAUGGCCAGAUGACGGUUCCUCUGUCGGCGGAUCUAUUUCCUGUCUGGAAAUUAUUGAUAAAUUAAGCAUGCCCGAUGCGCCACUUACAAUACCGCACGCGAGGUCAAUCAUUGUCGUAAAUCCCACCUACCGUGAUGAUGGAUCGUCUGAUGAUACCAACGAUCCGCUGAUCAUCAUCCUGCAGAAUUGGAAUCAAUGGCGCAAAGACUUCAACUUUCUUCUUAUCCUUGCAACCACGCUGGCGAGCUCCACAUUGUAUGUAGAGAUCCUGCAACCUUUCAAGUUCACGCGAUCUCUCCACUGGCUUUCGGCUGGUUGGCAGCAUCAUGAUUCAGCCGGUUCUUUGGCCGCAGAUGUCGCAAGACAUGGACUUACCCAUCACCGCAUUCCAGCACGGACAAUCAGCCAAUCUUGCUGGCCUGGCCACCAGAUGUGCACUCUUCGUACGCUUGACUGUCAAGUAUGGGCGACGGUCGACAUACAUUCUCUCUGUUGCCGUCAUGGCAGCCGGCUGUUGGUGGACCGCUAA